GCUCCCAGAUGCCGUCUUGAAGCCUGGUGGACUCGGGGAUACGUACAGCAAUAUGCAGGCGGCGCUUCACACCGAGCAGGCUGUGGGCUGCCGAUGAGUCGAGCCCAGGCUGCAGAUGCAACAAAUGCAGCAUGGGCGAGACGCUGAAAAGAGGUGCAUUCUGGCGCUAACAUGGGUGGCUUUCCGCCUUGCCCUGCCACUCAAACUACCGCUCAAGAAAGAGACCAAAACUGGAGACCAACCAAGACAUGGAGUGGGCUGUGAGUGGCCCUGUGCCCUGUGGAUGCCGUCUGUGGGCUGUGUGAGCUGCUGCACCAUUGCGUCAACGGAUAUCCACACCUGGAUCUUGACGCCAGGAUUGCAGUCGCGGGGUCCUGGCAAACCUGGGCGUUUUCAACCAAGAGUUGGCAGACAUUCAUCCAUGCUGCGAAUCAUGAUCCCGGGCAGAGCAGGGACAGAAACCACGGUUCCUCCCCAAUCGUCCCGCCCGGUGGUCUUUUCAAGCCGGACGAGAGAGCUAGACAGCGGUGGAUACCGGCCGACCCCAAACGAAAGGCGUCGUCAGGCUGGAUGGUCUCAUGUUCUGCCGGCUGCGCGACUGACCCUCCAUCACGGCGUUCGCGUGGGUGAGGAGCUCGGCUCAUUGGGCCGCCAUGGCACCCUUGUUGGUGAGACCAGUUGAUGGCUAGACAAGCUGCCAAAUGUGUGGCAAGGCCAGCCGGAUGACAGGCAGCC